UCUUCCCUUCCCCCCUCUCGCUCUCGUCUAACCCUGAUCGCAUCGGGGGGCGACCGAAACCCUAAUCGUGACGCGGUUCGUCGCCAGAGUUGAGCGCUCUGAGGCUAUCCGCUGCCGCCUUGGCUACCUCCUCGUCCGAUCGCCGUCGCCGUGCGUGGGUAUCUUUUCCCCUCGAUCCGAAUUGCGCGGCGAAUACGCCGGCCCGCCGCGAUCGGGCGCUGGAUUCGGGCGUAUUCCGCGUCCGUCCGGGGGUUUUGACGGGUUUCUUGAGGUGCGCUUGGUCCUGGCGAUGCGAAUUUCGUGAUGAAGUUCAAGAAGAGAAGGGUUUUGGAGGUGCCUUCACAUAUAACAUUCUUUAUCAACAAUGUCAUUUCUGCUGCUUUUGAGAAUAUAGAAGAACUACUAAAGGACUUCAGAUGGGAGUUUGAUAAGGGAGAUUUUCAUCACUGGAUCGACCUUUUUAAUCAUUUUGACUCAUUUUUUGAGAAGCACAUAAAACCAAGAAAGGAUUUGCAGUUUGAAGACAACUUUCUUAAUGCAGAUCCAUUAUUUCCUAGGGAUGCAGUUCUUCAGAUUCUUCGGGUUAUGAGAGUUAUCUUGGAUAAUUGUACGAACAAGCACUUCUACAGUUCAUUUGAACAGCAUCUAUCUUUGCUUCUCGCUUCAACUGAUGCAGAUAUUGUUGAAGCAAGCCUUCAAACCUUGGCUGCAUUCUUGAAAAAAACAGUAGGGAAGUGCUAUAUUCGAGAUGCCUCUUUGAGAUUGAAGUUGUUCGCACUCUCACAAGGCUGGGGAGGGAAGGAAGAUGGGCUUGGAUUAGUUGCUUGCUCUUUGCCAAAUGGGUGUGAUUCAGUGGCUUAUGAUAUUGGUUCCACACUUCAUUUUGAAUUCUAUUCAGUUGGCGAAUCAUCAAAAAAUUCUCAUACCACAGAAUAUGUGAACCAGGGGUGGCAAGUCAUUCAUCUACCUGGCAUCAGUAAUGACAAUGAGGAUGUUCUUCAAAUUAUGCAGAAGUUAGUGAGGAGCUACAACAUACCUUCCAAUCUAUGCUUUUCCCUAUCAACAAGAUUAAGAUUUGCGAAAGCUUUUGGUUCCUUAACUGCUCGACGUCAGUUCAUUCGUAUCCGCUUGUAUGCCUUCAAUCUUCUUGUUCAAGCAAGUAAUAAUGCCGAUGACUUGGCAACAUUUUUUAAUAAUGCACCGGAGUUUAUUGGUGAAAUGCUAUCUUUAUUAGGCUAUGAAGAUGAAAUUCCCGAAGACAUUCGAAUUUUAGGGAUUCAGUCAUUGGUUGCUCUCCACCAAGAUCGAAGUUACCAACCUAUGGUUCUGUCUUCCGUGUCCGCUGGUGGUCAUCGUGGGACCCUCCCUAGUCUUAUGCAGAAGGCAGUAGAUUCUGUUACCAGUGGUUCCAUGACAUUCUCUAUUGUUUUUGCUGAAGCACUGUUGUCUCUUAUAUCCAUAUUGGUCUCAUCUACUCCAGGUUCUUUGGCUCUGCAGGAAGGAGGAUUUAUACCUAGUAUUUUACCCCUUCUUAAGGAUACUAGUGCCCAGCACCUUCAUCUUGUUAGUACUGCAGUUCGUGUAAUUGAAGGUUUCUUGGAUUAUCAUAAUCCUUCUUUGGCAUUAUUUAGAGAUUUAGGUGGUUUAGAUAAUGCCAUUGCACGACUUAAGGUUGAAGUUACACAUGUUGAGAGAGGAGCAAAUGACACUGGGGAGAAAUUAUUGCAAGAUAGCAAGGGCAAACAAAUCAUCAGCAGUUUAUCUGAGCUAGAGAGGCAAAGUUUUUCUUCAGAAAGCAUGGUUACACAUGAUCGACGGUCACUCAUAAAAGCAUUGCUUCGCACGAUAUCACUUGCAACAUAUGUUCCUGGAAGCUCCACCCGUGUUGAUGGAUCUGAAGAGAGCUUAUUACCAACAUGCUUGUCUAUUAUUUUCAGGAGAGCAAAAGAAUUUGGUGGUGGAGUAUUUUCGCUUGCUGCAAAUGUCAUGAGUGAUAUUAUACACAAAGAUCCCACAUGCUUUUCUGUCCUUGCUGCUGCUGAUGUACCUGGUGCUUUUCUUGAUGCUAUUGAUAGUGGUGUACCCUGCUCUAGUGAAGCAAUAAGUUGUAUUCCACAGUGCUUAGAUGCACUGUGUUUGAAUAACACUGGCCUGCAACUGGUAAAAAAUUGUAAUGCUCUCAGGUGCCUGAUAAAAAUCUUUACUUCUGCUUCAUAUUUAAGAGCGCUCAAUGACCAAUCAUUAGAAGUCCUGUCUAAUGGGUUGGAUGAAUUAAUGCGUCAUUCAUCUUUGCUGCGUGCUUCUGGUGUUGAUGUGCUUAUUGAGAUCCUCAAUACAAUUUUAAGAUAUGGAUCUUGUUCAGAGUCUUACUCCACUGAGUCUGAGUGCUCUUCGGUUCGACUUCCAGUGGAGAUUAACCUAGAAAGGGACUCUAUAUCACUAGGCAAAGGUGAAAUGUCUGUCACUGGGAACUCAGAACAGUUGAAUGAGACAUCUUUUGAUGGUACAUCACUGAUUUCUGGGUCAUUUCUUCCGGAAUAUAUUGGCAAUGCUUCUCGUCUUCUUGAAGCUGUUCUUCAGAAUGCAAAUACUAUCAAUAUUUUCAUUGAAAGAAGGGGCAUUGAAGCCCUUCUUAAGUUAUUCACAGUGCAGGUUGUGCCCACUUCUGAUUCUGUUAGCCAGAGCAUAUCCAAUGCUUUUAAAAAGUUUUCAUCUCAGAAUUCAGCUACUUUGACUAGAGCUAUAUGUUCAUUUAUUAAGGAACAUCUUAAGUUCACGAAUGAACUACUGAGUUCAGUGUCUGGAACUAAGGUUGUUGAGAUUGAACAUCUGAAGCAGACAGAAGUGCUGAAAUGUCUUUCUAGCCUGAUGGGGCUGCUGUCACUUUCCACUAAUCUUUUGAAGGGAUCCUCCACUAUGAACUCGGAGUUGGGAUCUGCAGAUGCUGAUAUUUUGAAAGAACUUGCCAAGGCUUACAAGGAAGUUAUUUGGCAGAUAUCUUUGUGUAGUGACUCAUCUGAUGGUCAGCGGGCUGCUAAUCAGGAAAUUGGCAAUGUAGAUGCAUCUGCAUCGGCAUCUGAUAUUACUGGAAGGGAUGGUGAUGAUGAUGGAAAUACUGUUCCUGUAGUCCAGUAUAUGAACACUGUCUCUAUAAGGAAUAGUUUUGCAUCUCGUUGGAGGACUGAACGUGAUCUUUCUUCCAUCCCUCAUUCUUCUGGAACUUUGCACCGUCAUGCUCGUCAUUCAUUGUCCCGUGCACGUGGUGGAAGAAUUUAUAGGCAGCUAGAUCCAUCACAGACAGAUUCAGAAGGGUCUGCUAGCACACUAGAGAACUACCAUAUUCAAGAUGUUAAGAGCAAAAGUGCAGAUUUUGUCGUACCUGAACUUUUGAGGAAACUUGGUCUUGCAAUCCGAUCCUUUCUUGUUACCAUUGUGAAAGGAUUAUCAGCUCGACGGGGAGAUUCCAGUUCCCUCAGUCUUUUCUCAAAGAAUCUAGUGACAGCUGUUGCGAAACUUUUUCUUGAUGCUCUUAGUUAUCCAGGGCAUUCCACUCCUGGCCUUGAAUUGACAUUAUCUGUGAAAUGCCGUUAUCUUGGGAAAGUUGUCGAAGAUAUUGUUGCUAUUAUCGUGGAUAAACGCCGCACAUGCAGUACUGCACUGGUGAACAGCUUCUAUGUAAAUGGAACAUUUAAAGAGCUUCUGACUACAUUUGAGGCAACUAGCCAGCUGCUUUGGACACUGCCUUUCUCUAUUCUGGCUGCCACGACAGAUCAAGGGAGUUUUAGUGUUGAGAAAGUAUCUCAUAGGUCAUGGCUGCUGGAUACAUUGCAAACUUAUUGCUGCUUGCUAGCAUAUCAUGUCAAUUCAUCAUUAUUGUUAUCCUCAGCCUCAUCUUCUGAUAUUCAGCUGCUCGUUCAGCCUGUUGCCGCAGGGCUUUCAAUUGGUCUUUUCCCUGUGCCAAGGGAUCCUGAGUUAUUUGUUCGAAUGCUGCAAUCACAAGUCUUGGAUGUAAUACUUCCUAUAUGGAACCACCCUAUGUUCCCCAAUUGCAGUCCAUCUUUCAUUACUUCUGUGAACUCUAUUCUGACUUACAUAUAUUUGGGGGUUGGACAUGUGAAGCAUGGUCGCAAUGAUAUCAUAGGAAGCACCGGUCGAAGAUUUACCAGUCCUUCACUUGAUGAAUCGGCAAUUUCAACCAUAGUUGAGAUGGGUUUUUCUAGGGCUCGUGCUGAGGAAGCUUUGAGAAGUGUGGGCGCCAAUAGUGUUGAGAUGGCAAUGGAUUGGUUAUUCAGUCAUCCUGAGGAAAUUGUUCAGGAGGAUGUUCAGCUAGCACAGGCACUUGCUCUCUCACUGGGAAAUACAUUUGAAUCAUCCAAAGAAGACAAUAAUGAAAUGACGAUAAAUGCAUAUUUAGAGAAUAAGCAAGAGGCACCCCCUGUAGAUGAUGUUCUUGCCUUGUCAGUCAAGUUGUUACAUUGUAGUGAUGUGAUGGUCUUUUCAUUGACAGAUCUAUUUCUGGCACUUUGUCGUAGAAACAACAGUGAAGAUCGUCCACGGGUAGUUCUUUUUCUUGUUCAGCAGCUUAAGUUUUGUCCUUCAGAUUUUUCCGAUGACACAGGUGCACUCUGUCCAAUUUCACAUAUACUGUCAUUACUUCUUCAUGAAGAUAGUAGCACUCGGGAAUCAGCUGCAGAGAAUGGUCUCAUUCUUGUCGUUCUGGAUAUACUAUCCAAAUUUAAAUCAAGGAAUGAGUCUAGAUAUGGUACUGCAGCAACAAAAGCUGUAAGCUCUUUGUUGCUUGUAGUUGAUAAUAUGGCACAGUCCAGACCCAAAUUUAUUUCAGGAGCUGCUGAUGGAGCUGGUAAAUCUCUAUCUGAUUUAUCUGGAGCAGGUAUGUCUUUUGCAAAUUCAACAGCUAUUACCGACAAAGAAUCUGCUGUAGAUGACUGUGAGAAAGAAUCUAGUGAUAUUUUUGAGAAAAUCUUAGGUAAAUCUACUGGUUUUUUGACUCUUGAAGAAAGUCAAAGGGCACUGUCCAUUGCCUGUGAAUUCAUAAAACAGCAUGUUCCAGCAAUGGUUAUGCAGGCUGUUCUACAAUUAUCUGCACGCUUAACAAAAACACAUGCUUUGGCAAGUCAGUUUCUUGAAAGUGGAGGCUUGGCUGCUCUUUUUGGUCUUCCAAAAUCUUGUGUGUUCCCUGGAUUUGACAGUUUGGUAUCUGUAAUUGUUCGACAUCUCAUUGAAGACGCCCAAACUUUACAGACUGCCAUGGAAUUGGAGAUGAAACAGACUCUAGUUGGUACUCAUAGCCGUCAUGCUGGCCGUCUUUCACCUAAGUUGUUUUUAACAUCCAUGGCCCCUCUGAUUUCCCGAGACCCUGCGGUUUUUAUGAGAGCCGCAGCUGCAAUUUGUCAUAUAGAGUCAUCAGGUGGAAGGAUAAACAUAGUCUUGAGGAAGGAGAAAGAGAAGGAUAAGGACAAACUGAGAACUGCUGGAAAUGAAGGUGGAUUUCCAUCUACUGAAUCCAUUCGGUUGCCUGAAAAUAGACUUCAUGAUACACCAAGCAAAUGUUCCAGGAGUCAUAAGAGGGUUCCUGGGAAUCUCUCUCAAGUUAUUGAUCAACUUUUGGAAAUUAUUCUAAGUCUCCCUUCACUGAAGAAAGAGGAGGAAGGUACUAGCUCCUCAGUUCCCAUGGAAAUAGAUGAGCAUGUUGUGAAGGAGAAGGGCAAAUCAAAGAUUGGUGAAAUCAUAAUGAUGGACAAGGAUAAUCUCUCUGAAAGAUCUGCAUGGCUCUCAAAGGUGACAUUUGUUCUCAAGUUGUUGACUGAUAUUCUUCUCAUGUAUACACAUGCUGUGGGUGUAUUAUUAAGACGUGAUGUUGAAAUAUUCCAAAUGCAAGGUUGUGGUCAAUUAGGUGUCUCCGGACAUAGUGCCAUUCUUCAUCAUAUAUUGCAUCAUCUACUUCCAUUAUCCUCAGAGAGAUCUUCUGAAACUUCAGAUGAAUUGAAUGAUAAGCUUUCUGAAAAAGCAUCUUGGUUUUUGGUUGUGCUGUGUGGUAAAUCUACUGAGGGUCGCAGACGAGUUAUUUCUGAAAUUUUGAGAGCAUUAUUAUCUUUCCUUGAUGAAGGGCCCAAUACCUCUAAAUCCUUAUUGAUACCUGACAAGCAACUUUUAACUUUUGUUGAGUUGAUAAAUUCUAUUUUAUCUAGAAAUUCUUCUUCUAGCAACUUACCUGGCCCUGGAUGCUCACCUGAUAUUGCAAAAGCCAUGAUAGAUGGAGGAAUGGCGCGUUCUCUUUCCUGCAUCCUUCAAGUUAUCGAUUUAGACCACCCAAAUGCUCCAAAGGUUGUAAACCUGAUAGUCAAGGCUCUGGAAAAUCUCACGAGGGCUGCCAAUGCUGAUCAAGUUGUUAAGUUGGAUGGACUUGCAAAGAAAAGAUCAACCUUGCCACGAGGAAGAACUGGAGAUCAUAAUGCAGGGACUGAAAAUGCUAAUAAUGACCAAAAUGAAAAUUAUGAAACGACUGCUGCCAGUCAACGUGCUGAUCAGCUGCAUCCUGAAUCUUCUCAUGAUGAGAUGAACCACGAUGUAAAUCAAGAUUCACGUAUGGAGCAAAAUACCAGAGUAAAUGUGGAAGAGAAUCAAACAAUAAAUCCACAUGAUGGGUUGGAAUUUAUGCAUGAGGAGAUGGAAGAAGUUGGUGGAACACCUAACACAAACGAGAUUGGAUUGACUUUUCAGGAUGAUCACCAGAAUAUUGAUGAUAUGGGCUAUGAGGAUGAGGAUGUUGGUGAAGAUAUUGAAGAUGAUGAAGAAGAUGAUGAUCAGGAUGAUGAAGAGGAUGUCGCAGAAGAUGGUGCUGCUUUGUCAUUAGCUGAUACAGAUAUGGAGGAUCAUGAUGACAAUGACAAUGGUAUAGGUGAUGAGUAUAAUGAUCACAUGAUUGAUGGAGAAGAUGGUCAUUUUCCUGAUAAUCCUGUUAUAGAAGUUAGGUGGAGGGAAAGUUUGACUGGUUUAGAUCACUUGCGAGUUCUGAGGGGACCUGUCACUGCAAGUGCUUUUAUUGACAUUGCUGAGGAUCCGUUUCAGGGUUUGGAUUCUGCUGACUUGUAUCAUCUUCACCGUCCAUUUGGUUUAGACCACAGUCGUCAGGGUAGUAAUAGGACUUCUGAACUUUCAAGGCUGGAUGCAACUGCCUUUCGACAUCCCCUACUUAUGAGACCAUCACAUUCAGUGGAGCUGUCAACUUCAUUGUGGUCGACUAAUGGGAGCUCUUCCAGAGAUUUGAAUUCAUCUUUUGCAGGUUUAGGUUCAUCUCCUCUCAACAUAUUUGAUGCUACAGUUCCAUCUGAGCAUGCUGCUGGUGCUGCUAUUUUUGGUGACCGUUUGGAUGGUGCUGCACACCCACAUUUAAUUGAUUUUUCACGUGGCAUGGACUUUAGCCAUAUUACAUCAAGAAGGGGGCCUGGUGAUAAUCGUUGGACUGAUGAUGGCCAGCCUCAAGCAGGGGGGCAUGCUUCUGCAAUCGCUCAGGCAGUAGAGGACCAAUUUCUGGCUCACUUGCGUGCUGCAAUUUCUGUUGAUAACCCUCAAGCUAUGGGAAAAUCUGAGUGUGCAAACCAGGUUAAUCGACAGCCGCAGCUAUUAGAUGUUAAUGUCCAAGCGCUUGAAACAACUAAUCUUGAUACUCUAUCAACUGAGAACCAACAGCAAGACUCAGGGAUCAUUUCAGAUCAUCAGCUUGUGAAUUUACCAUUAGAAGGUUAUUCUUGUCCUCCUGAUUCAUCCCAUGAAAUUGUUGUACAGCAGGUUGCCAUUGCGGAGGACAGUCGAGAGACAACUGAAAUAAGGCAGAGCAUUCCUUAUAAUUUGAAUAUCACAAAUAAUAAUAAUAGUGAGACUAUCACAUCAAUGGUUGCUGUUUUUGAAGUUGAUUUAUCAACCACUGCCUUGCCAGUUAUGCAUCCAGUGCAAAAUGCUACUGAAAUACUUGAUGAUUCUCAUGAUCCAGAAUUUCACAAUGAAUGUGAACCAGUGCAUUCAUCUCUAGGGAGCCCUUCCGGUGGUCAGGGCCUCAUCUCUUCUGGCUCUGGCAUACAAGAACUGAGUGAUGCUUAUGCUGGUUCAGCUCCUGGAAGUGCUGAUGUUCACAUAAAUGGUCUAAAUGCUGUUCAGAAUCAAUAUGAUGAUGCUCUACCUUCAAAUGGUGGAGUAUCUGUUUGUCGAAAUAUAGAAGUUCCUGAGCAAGCUACUCAGGCUAAUCGAAUAAAUUCUAGCAAUGAGGCUUCUAGCACAAAUGCAAUUGAUCCAACCUUUCUUGAGGCACUUCCAGUGGAUCUCCGUGCUGAAGUUCUAGCUUCCCAGCAAGCUUCCCAGCCCACUCAAGCUACCCUAGCUGCAACUUAUGCUCCACCACCUACGGAAGAAAUAGAUCCUGAAUUUUUGGCUGCUCUUCCUCCAGAUAUUCAAGCUGAAGUUUUGGCUCAGCAACAAGUACAACGAAAUGCACAGUUUCAGCAAGCUGAAGGGCAACCAGUGGAAAUGGACAAUGCUUCCAUUAUAGCUACUUUCCCCCCUGAACUACGUGAAGAGGUACUCCUUACCUCACCUGAAGCAGUUUUGUCCCGUCUACCUCCAGCUUUGAUCGCUGAGGCCCAAAUGCUCAGGGAUAGACGGAACAACAGUCGCUAUCAUUAUCGAAGCACCCUUUUUGGGGGCAGCCAUAGACUUGAUGGCAGGAGAUUAGCUGCUAAUAGGCAAACAGUAAUGGAUAGAGGUGUGGGAGUAACGAUUGGUCGAAGAGUGCUUUCUCCAAAUCCAAAUACUUCAAAGGUCAAAGAGGUUGAAGGGACGCCUUUGCUAGAUGCAGAUGCUAUGAAGGCUCUCAUUCGUCUAUUAAGAUUAGCUCAGCCCAUCAGCAAAGGCCUUCUUCAAAGACUUCUAUUGAAUCUAUGUGCACAUACUGUUACCCGUAAUAUUCUGGUCAGCCAUCUAGUUGAUAUGAUUAGGCUUGAAGCUGAUGGGCCAGGUCAGUCAAUUGCGUCAACUUCACAGCGGCUUUAUGGAUGUCGAUGGGAUGUUGUCUAUGGCCGACCUCAUCACUCUAAUGGUCUUCCUCCCUUUGUUACACGCCGACUCCUCGAAAUUUUAACAUAUCUGGCAAAAAAUAAUUUGUCUGUUGCAAGUGUUCUUUUCUAUUUUGAUCCAUCAUCAGCUGUGGAAUCUACUCUUGUUGAAUAUUCAGAGAAUAAAAGGGAGAAAGGUAAAGAGAAGACUGUUGUCACAAAUACCCUUUUGGAUACUAUGGAAACUUCAGCUAAGGGCUUUUCACCUCUAAUAUUACUUCUAAAGCUUCUGGACAGGCCAUUAUUUUUGCGCAGCAAUGUGCAUCUUGAACAGGUCAUGUGCUUGCUCCAAGUAGUGGUAAACAAUGCUGUCUCAGAAAUCGAUUGUGAACCUCACUUUGGACAAGCUCCAGGAUGUUCUGAGAGAGAGGCAGCAGCUCUAACUUCUUCCGAUAGCAAACAUGAUAAUUUGACUUCUGAACAGAAUCUUGGUCUGGAGAUGAACCCAAAACCUAGUGCUGAGGCAUCAUCUUUGAGUUUGAAAAGUUCUGUAAACCGACAUGACAUUUUUUUACAGCUUCCCAAAUCGGAUAUGCACAAUUUAUGCCAUAUCCUUGCACAUGAAGGACUUUCAGACAAAGUAUAUUCACUUACUGCUGAGUUAGUGAAGAAAAUAGCAUUGGUUGCUAUUCCCCACCGAAAUUUUUUUGCAGUUGAGUUAGCCGAUUUAGCUAAUCACUUGAGCUCUUCUGCUAUAACCGAGCUCUUAAUUUUAAGGAAUUCAAAUGUGUUGGGACUUGGCACUGGUUCUAUGGCUGGAGCUCCAGUCUUGCGUGUACUACAAGCACUCAGUGUACUUGCUUCAGUUGAUUGCAAUAAAGAUGUAAAUGCUGAUGAGCAACAGUCCAUAUUGUGGAAUCUAAAUAAAUCACUUGAGCCACUGUGGCAAGCACUAAGCGACUGCAUAAGUGCAACUGAAACACAGAUAGGGCAGACAUCAUCUUUCUCAUUUACAGUACCAGUACAUGAUUCUGGAGUAAUGGCUGGUCCUUUCUCCCCUACGCAGCCUCUCCCUCCUCCUGCACAAAGACUAUUACCAUACAUAGAAGCUUUUUUUCUUUUAUGUGAAAAGCUUCAAACAAAUCAGAUUAUUGGGCAGCCAGAUAGCAAUGUUACUGCAAGAGAAGUCAAAGAAUCUGCUGGGAGCUCAUCGUCACCUAUCCACAAGUGCACUGGAAUGGGCACCAUGACAUUUGCAAGGAUUGCUGAGAAGCAUCGGCGCCUUCUUAAUGUCUUCAUCAGACAGAACCCAAAUUUGCUUGAAAAGUCACUUUCAAUGAUGUUAAAACUUCCAAGGCUCAUUGAUUUUGACAACAAAAGGGCAUAUUUUCGCUCACGUAUCAGGCAACAGCAUGAUCAGCACUUUGCUGUUCCUUUGAGGAUAAGUGUUCGCCGAGCUUAUGUCUUGGAGGAUUCCUACAAUCAGUUGCGACUGCGCUCCAGUCAGGACUUGAAGGGACGCUUGACAGUUCAAUUUCAAGGAGAGGAAGGGAUUGAUGCUGGUGGCUUGACCAGGGAAUGGUACCAAUUGCUUUCAAGGGUCACUUUUGAUAAAGGAGCUUUACUUUUUACUACAGUUGGGAACAAUUCAACUUUCCAGCCCAACCCCAAUUCUGCUUACCAGACCGAACAUCUUUCUUAUUUCAGAUUUGUGGGUCGUUUGGUCGCCAAAGCUUUAUUUGAUGGGCAACUGUUGGAUGUGUACUUCACCCGUUCCUUUUACAAGCAUAUUCUUGGUGUAAAAGUGACUUAUCAUGACAUAGAGGCUGUUGAUCCUGACUAUUACAAGAACUUAAAGUGGAUGCUUGAGAAUGAUGUAAGCGACAUUCCAGACUUGACAUUCAGCAUAGAUGCGGAUGAGGAAAAACACAUCCUUUAUGGAAAAAACCAGGUCACUGACUAUGAGCUUAUCCCUGGAGGAAGGAAUAUCAGAGUAACUGAAGAAACUAAGCAUGAGUAUGUGGACCUCGUGGCUGAACACAUAUUGACAACAGCUAUUCGUCCUCAAAUUAAUUCUUUCCUAGAAGGCUUCAAUGAAUUAGUUCCUAGGGAACUUGUCUCAAUAUUCAAUGACAAGGAGCUUGAACUCCUAUUAAGUGGGCUUCCAGAAAUUGACAUUGAUGAUUUGCAAGCCAACACUGAGUAUACUGGAUACUCAGCUGCAUCUAUUGUCAUUCAAUGGUUCUGGGAAGUUGUUAAAUCCUUUAACAAGGAGGACAUGGCAAGACUACUUCAAUUUGUAACCGGAACAUCAAAGGUCCCCUUAGAAGGCUUUAAAGCAUUACAGGGUAUAUCUGGUCCCCAGCGAUUUCAGAUUCAUAAGGCAUAUGGUACUCCCAAAAGGCUGCCCUCUGCACAUACCUGUUUUAACCAAUUAGAUCUACCAGAAUAUUCCUCUAGGGAACAAUUAGAGGAACGCCUGCUGCUUGCAAUCCAUGAAGCUAGUGAAGGCUUUGGUUUUGGUUAAGCCUUCUAGUCCUUGGCCAGUUGCCAAGGAAUUGAUCUCUUUCUGCUAUGUAAAGACUCCAAAAGCAGAAACAUGAAGUCGCUACUCCAGAGUACGGUCCAGAGAUCUCACUCGGCCGCACUCUAAGAGCAGCAGAAGUCGAUUCUCGAAUCAUUCAACCUGACCCUGAAACAAUCCCCCAGUUAAUGAAGCUAUGCACAGUCUGGGCCGUGUGAUACGCACUCGAGAAUCAAGAACAACAUCUGGAGAUAUUCCUUUUCUCCGUUGUGGGUCGAAUGUUUGCAAGAACGAACAGCAUAUUUCCAUGAUUAUAUUCUCACCAUCUCUGUUUCUUUAUUUUGCUUCGGUACACAUUAGACACCCUCGAAGCUGCCCAUCUCAUACUGUAAAUAGCAGCAGCUGCUGUCACUUCAAAUCAAUAAUCAAUUGAGCUUUCUUUUCAGUGUUU